AGCUGCGAGAGCGUCUGCAGUCUGCGCAGUCUUCAGUGCAGCAGCUGCGCAGGCAGCAGGGGGAGGCGGAGUCAGGCCGACGGGAGGCGGAGCUCCGUGUGCAGACGCUGCAGGGCGAGAGAGACGAGGCUCAGAGAGAGAGAGAGACCGCUGUGAGAGAUCGAGACCGACUGAGACAGGAGAGAGACACGCUGAGCAGUGAGAAGGACACGGCGGAUAAGACUGCGCAGGGUUCGCAGACGCAAAUGCAGGUGCUGCAGCUGGAGUGUGACAGGCUGCAGCUGGCCAUCACGUCUGCGCAGAGAGAGCGCGAACACGAGCGAGAAGAGAGAGACACCACCGCGCUGGAGAGAGACCGAGCCCGAUCAGAGACGGACAGACUUCAGCAGCUGUGGGAGGAGUCCGAGCGUCGCACGUCUUCACUGCGCGCUGAACUGGCGGCGCUGAGGGAAUCUAUCCAGCAGGGGGCGACAGACCGACAGCUGAUGCAGGCUGAGAACAGACAGCUGAGCGAGGCGCUCAACAGGAGCGGGAGCAGUCAUGCUGAACUCUCUCUAGUGCUCACCAAGCUUAACUCGGAGGAGUCGUCACUCAGAGAUUCUCUCGCAAAGAUGAGCGGCAUUAACGAGAGUCUCGCGCAGGACAAAUCUGACCUCAACAGCCUCAUCAUACAGCUGGAGGAGGAAAAGAAUGCAUUGCUGUCUCAGCGAAGAGAAGCAGAACAAGAGAAACUGACCAUCAGAGAUGAGCUGGUCCGCUCCGAGCAGGACCGACUGGAGCUGGACUCUCUCCGUCUUGCUCUCCACCAAUCACUGCAGGAGUCUGAGCUGGCCAGGGCGGGGUUGGAGGCGGAGCUUCAGUCGCUGCAGGCAGACAGAGCCAAACUCCAGGACAGAAUCACACAGCUGAUUGGUGAGGUGGGUGGUUUGGAGGCGGAGCUCGCUUCUGUCCGCGGUGAAGGAGACAGGCAGAGCGCCGCUCUCGAGGAGGCGGUGUGUGGGCGAGCGGAGCUAGUGCGAGAGAGGGCGGGGCUUCUGGUUCAGCUGACGGCGUCAGAGAGAGAGAAUGCCGCCCUGACGGAGGAACUCGCCGCCUUCAGGAUGGAACGGGAGAGUCUGGAGACGAGUCUGUUCGAGCUGCAGCAGCAGAUAAAUCAGAUCGAGUGUCGAUGCGAACAGCUGGAGUCAGAGAACCAAAACCUGAGACUGCGCACUGACAGCAUGAUGGGUAAUUGA